AUAUACUGUCUGCCUAAUCUGGAGCACAUCUCCUCAUGAAUUUUACCAUUACAAGGGCCAGAACUCGCCAUGUCCCUUGGUAAGUGGUUGCAGUGGUUUCUUCACAGCAGUUGAUUAAGUGAUAUCAUAGGUUCCUUCUCACUUGGACCUUCUAACGUUCUCUCUGUAUAGCUUUUUUCUUUUGUCUGAAUCUAUCUUUCACUCUUGAGAUGGAUCCUUUGAUACCUAGUCUGAUGCUGAUUCUUUCAUGCAGAAUUCUUUCUGAUCUAGGUUCCUGUAGACUGUGAUCAAUUUUAUUUACGCGAGGAAUAAUUAUUACCUGCAUUGUUCCCUAGUGAAAACUGCUGAAACUUGUUUUUAUUUUCUGGUUUGGUCUUGUUUUGUUUUUAAGAAAAAGUCCCAUUUACACUUCUCCCCAGCUUUGUAUGCAGAGACGCUGUGUACUGGCAACUACAAUUAUUUUAUUGUAUGCUGCAUCUUAGGCAUAUGUGACAUCCGGUGAUUAUGCUUAUGUAGUAAAGCCAUCUAAAUCAGGGAGUGAUCCCCUGCCCUUUUGUCAAAUAGUGCUGAGUGCGUCUCGUAUAGGCUGGUCUGAGCUGGUCUCCUCCAGGGUGAUCUGACUGUGUCUGUUCUUUGUGGUACUUGGGGCAACCCUGGACUUGGUACAUCUUCUGCACACUCCCUUCCACAGCUCUCUAGCGUGCUGUAAUCAACACUUUCAUGUGCAGCAUGUGACCGACUACAGGGCCUAGCCUGCACGAUCGGGGCUGCUCCUUGUACGUACUGGCAACCUCUGGUCACUCAUGAUCCCUGUGUGAUACCCAAUGCAUGUUUGUUCAAAGGCAGUGGGCCCAGUGGGCCUUCAGUAAGGAUGAGGAGUGCCUAGUGGUCUUUCGGCAAAGUAUGAUAGGAAGGAUGUGUGUCCUAUCCUGGAGAAUAAUGUGAUCGUGCAAGUCCUGUUGGGAUAGUGCUGGAGGUCCCAAGGUGGAACAGUUAAACCUGGUGCUCCGUCCUGGCUAUGGGGUAUGGUCCCUGCAGCAGAUUUUCCUGAUGCACACUAGGCUUUAUCCUGUGUGGAUUUGAUUGGUUUGCUGCAAUUCUUAGUUGGGAGGAAAAUGGAUAUGGAGUGCAGAUGAAUAGGAGGGGUCAACGCCGAGUUUCGCUACUUGGUGCUGUUUUUAUUCAAUGGUAUAGGUGCAGCCAGUAAAGACAUGAUACUGCUCUGAGAAGAUGAUGAGCUUGAAAGGCUUGAUGUUGUGCUGGAUAGGAUCACUAUGUCCUGUCUGACUGUUAUCUGCUGUCAUGUGUCCUGGCAGAUUGUAUAGGAACUUGGAGCUGGAUUUGGUUUCCAAUUUAACCAUUAGCAUUCUGGGGAAACUUGGAGAGUCACUUACCCCUCAGGUUUCAGUUUAUCCCGUCCCACGACAAACUUAAUGCUACUGACCUCUGCAGAGUACUUUCAGAGCUACUGCUAAAAAACCAUUAUUUAAGGGUGAAGUAUUAUUUUGUGACAAAGCCCUACAAAAGGCUGUGACAGCUCAGAGAAUCUGUGCAGUUAACACACACAGUUAGAUAUUUUUGAGUUCUUAUGUAGCUUGGUUAUUAUGGGAUUACUAUGUUUGAGGUAGGUGGAAGAGCUUUCUGCUGGCAAAAAACAUUAGUCUUUUUUUGCCUUGCUCUGUUUUGUGGGUUAUGGCCACUUGCAGAUGCUUCCAGAAAGCAUCACUUAACUGUUGUCUGCCCUUCAGAGAACUUUAGAUGCUGAUGUUAAUCUUGAUCUCUCCUUGUUCUGCCCUGUGUCAUGACAGUUUUUGGCAUUUAACCUUUUAUGCAUCUGAGAUUUGUUGCUGAGAAGUGAUGUGUGGCAGCGUGAACAGCGUCAAACUUUGUGUUAUCUUCUGAAUGUAGGUAUUCUGUGUUUCAGUAGGUUGGAUUUGAUGACUGGAGGGGACCCUUCUGCCUCAUCAGCUCUACAUCCUUGUGAUUAAGAACAUCCAUUGGUAGUUACCUCAAAUAGACAGUGGUUUAAAGUGGCAAUACAGGGCUCUGCACUCCUGUGAGGCUCAGCAUCGAUAAGGCAGAGAGCUGCUGCCGUGCACAGAAGGGGCAAUUUUCCUGUAUGCUGGCUUUGGUCCCUGCUGCGGAAGUUCUGCUGCCUGUGUUCUGGGGCUCCUGAGGAGGUCAACAGAUUCAGACCUAUGAUGAGCAGCAGCAAUGCUGAGUGACAAUAACUGUGUGAAGUUGAAAAGUGAUUGUUCACCUCCUGUGCAAUGGUGUAAGAUAGUUGCACACAAAGAUGAAAAGACCAAGCUGGUUUUUAAAAGACUUUUUGUACUGUUUGUGAUUGGAGGGUGCUUCCUUUAUAUCCUCAAACUACAUUUUGACCCUGAAGAAUGUGACAGAACAAAAAUGCCAUAUGUGGAUCUCGAUCGUGUAAAGAGAGCACAACAGUAUGCCAGCGCUGUGUUGCAGGGACAGUGCCGACCUUCUUAUGCAAAGAAGGAAAUGGGGAAGUUAUUUGCGGAGAAAUACAGCAUGGACAUAUCUCCCUUUGUAAGAAAAAAUAUAAAGGAAGAUGAAGCUUUAUUUAAAUAUGAGCCUCCCUUUGGAUUUCACAAGUUCUUUGAUAAGCUUCAAAAUCUCCUUGAACUCUUACCUGAGCAUGAUUUGCCAGAAGAUUUGAAGUCAAAACACUGUAAACGCUGUGUUGUUAUUGGCAGUGGUGGAAUCCUUCAUGGCUCAGAGCUAGGUCACUUAUUGAAUCAGUUUGAUAUUGUUAUAAGGUUAAAUGAUGCACCAGUUCAAGGAUACACAGAUCAUGUUGGUAAUAAAACUACUAUAAGGAUGACUUAUCCAGAAGGAGCUCCGCUUUCUGAACGCGAGUAUCAUCCUGCUAGCUUGUUUGUGGCUGUUUUGUUUAAAAGUGUCGAUUUCAACUGGCUUCAAGCAAUGGUAAAAAAUGAAACCUUGCCUCUGUGGGUGCGACUCUUCUUUUGGAAGGAGGUUGCUGCGAAAAUUCCUUUUACAUCAAAACAGUUUCGGAUUCUGAAUCCAAUCAUCGUUAAAGAGACAGCUUUGGACAUUUUACAGUUCCCUGAACCUCGAUCAAAAUUCUGGGGUUGGGAUAAGAAUGUACCCACUAUUGGGGUCACAGCAGUUGUUCUGGCCACGCAUUUAUGUGAUGAAGUGAGCUUAGCAGGAUUUGGAUAUGACCUCGAUCAGCCCAGCACACCUUUGCACUAUUACAACAACCUCUGCAUGGCUGCCAUGAACGGACAAACUAUGCACAAUGUGACAAGUGAAACAAAAUUCCUGCAGAAACUGAUUAAAGAAAAAGUUGUCAAAGACCUCACUGGUGGGAUACAUUGUGAAUUCUGCAUCAAAGACAGCUAGUGAUUGAAGUGCAGCAUGCUUUGGAUUUGUUAACUUUCCAGAGGUUCGGUUGGAACAACCCUUUUACUGUCUUCAGUGGUUUGUUAAAGCGUGUAUAAAAUGGACUUGGAAUCUCUGCUGGCAUUUUUUUUUUUUUUUAAAGUCAGGUUUAAUUUGUUGAACUUUUAAAUUUAUGUAGAUGUCUGAUUUUACUUUGCACAUUUUUGUGGAUAACUAUGUAAAUACAACUUUGAGUGGAAAGAGAUCCAUUUAAAUAUGUAAUGUUUUAAAUUGUCUGAAGAAAAGCAGAGUUGUUGUUUUCAGAUGUAUAUGGUGCGCACAAUGCUAGCCUGAGCUGUCCAAUAGCAUAAGAGAAUUUUUUUUUUUUUCCAUUGAACUACUGUCUUUGUGGAUCUGGUUCUUGGUGUAUGACUCCUUUUCAUGCAUGGCAUGAAAAGAAAGGCAUAUGCUUCUCGAGUCUUUUGUUUGUUGCAACUUGACUAUUGUGUUUUCCCCUCAAAUAUUUAUUUUCUUUUGUUUUUGUGCUUAUUUUUUUGGGGGUGGAGGAGGAAUGUGGGAGCGGAGGUGAAGGAAAAGAAACUUAUUAUGGCAACAAUUGAGUAAUAAGUACUUUAGCAUUCAUGCUGGACAUUAAAAUCAUUGAUGUGUUAAUGCAUUGGGUUUAGCAUUCUGCUUUAUCGUGAGGCAUAUCUGGGCCCCGAGGUAUGUUAUAAGAGGAUUUAGCUAGUAGGAGGCUUUUACCUGAACUAGAUCUCUUGACAUUUUCAUUCCUUCAGACACAGAUAUGUGUUUCCAACUAGUUGAUUUGCAGCAGAGUUCAACUACCCUUAUUAAAGAAGCGGCAUUAAUACAAAAUCUGGGCCCUUUUUUAGAGUGACUUGAGAAUUACUUUUAGGGACCUAUCUGUUCUUUCACAAGUUCCAUAAAACACCAUUAUAUAUAAAUCUUCCAAGUAGCAAUAAUAGUCUGUGACUGAGGUGAAACUUCCAUUGGUUUAUUAUCCUUGAGUAAUUAAUUGCAGAUACUGGAGCCUUAGUUUACAUUGAUAACCCUUACGAACUCUAGUGUUGGCUGUUUAAUUGGAGCGAGAGUUAGAAUUGUUUGUUUUCCUGGGUCAGCUUAUAUAAGUCAGCAACUGGGUGAGCACGUGUAAGUUAAGAAGAAAAUCACUUUGAGUGAGUAAUAUGAUACAGUAGCAAGCUAGAUGACCGCUGAAAGCGGCGUAUGCUUUUUUUUUUUAUCCUGUACAAAUACAUGUUCUUGUGACUGGAAAUCUGUGCAUUGCAAAGAAACUGGACUGUGCAGACCUGUGACCAGGUUUAGGUGUUUAUUUUCAUUUUGUUACUAGUAGAGUAGUAGAUGUGACUUUUUGCACUGAGUAGUGUUGUUACUCAAUCUACAGUUUGUGAAAAAUGCUUUCUCUGGGAAUGAAAGCUUGUUAGCAAAUUGAUCAAAGGUUGGAGUAGGAACAUGUUAUUCAUAGUCAUGGACUCACCAGGUGGUGAACCUUCCCACUUUUGUUAUUGUUGGCUAAGAUAUGCACAGUAUAGAGUUAAACGCUACAAAAAAGUAUGUGGGAGGACAAGAUUAUGGGAUUUUCUUGUUUUUUGUUUCUGCGGACAGAAGACCUAAUGAAUGAUACCAUAGGAAUGCAGGAGCAACAGAAGGACUCUGGCCAUUUUGAAAGACGAUAAAAUGACAUCAGAACAUAAAGCAUAAUUCUGAAGAAAGCUGUGGACCUCAUCUUUCAUAAGUCCCAUGUACCCAUACUUCCUUGAAAGCCAGUUAUGAAUGAUAAGCAAAUCUGAAAAUCACAUUCUUGUCUCCGGCACUGUUUGUGUUUAUAGCAAUAAUAUUAAUCUAACUUCUCCUUGAAACGUAGGAAUUUUUGUACUAGCAAUAAAUUUCUGGUCCAUGUUUUUGUGCAAGUAUAGUAAUUGUUUAAUUUAAAAAUAUUUCAUGCGUGAAAAUUUUUAUACAGAUAGUCUUUUAGUUUAAUAUAUUAAAACAUGCUAAUUAUUUUCUCCUGGCAUGUAAACUGGAAGUAAAGUACCUUAAUUUCAUUUGAUAUUAGUGAAAUUUCAAAGGGUUGGAAGAGUUCAGAAUGCGUGUGUUGGGAGGAAAUCCUGAAUACACCCAAAGUACGUGUAUCAGAGCAACUGAUCCCUCACCAGAACUUUUUACUUUACUCUAACUUCAAGAUAGUCGAUUGAUGUAAAUGCCAAUAGCAUUUCGGAGGUGUUAUAUUUAUUGUCAAGUUCUCAAGUUAUGUUGAUGUGGGGUUAGAUUGUUUUCCCGCCAAUUUUAUGGCCUGUGAUAAAAGAUUGUUCUCCAUAGUAGUAUAUACUGCAUAAAAUACUCCUGCACAGACUCAACCAUCUGUGAAAUGGCACCAACGUGCAGGUUGCAGAAAGCAAUAAACUGAUGAAACCA